CAACCCUGCUCUCCUACGACCCCUCUGAGCCUUUUCGGCCAGAGCGUGGGGACUAGUCGCUACCUAGUCGGCUGUCUUAGGAUGGAGAAGUCGCGGCCCCCGGUGGAGGCUGAGAGGCGGCGGGCGGAAGUGUGGAUUCCCUUUGCUUUCCUCCUCCGCUUACGACGCAGCGCUGCUACUUCUACCGGAAGCACUGAGUCACUCCGCGCUAGUGCUUGGGGAUGUCCGCUGCAGUUCUUCCGGGAGACGGACGUAGUCGCGCUGUCCCACCGCAUUGUAUUCUUCGCCACUCCUGAGUUCGGAGAGGGGAAGGAGGCCCUUUUUGCCCUCUCUCACCGUAGCCCCAGUUAUGCCUUCUCAGGACUCUGACCUUCUCCAGAAGGAAUGGGAGAAAAUGACCAAAUUUCAGGAGGCAGUGACCUUCAAGGACGUGGCCGUGACCUUCACCGAGGAGGAGCUGGGGCUGCUGGACUCCACCCAGAGGAAGCUGUACCGGGACGUAAUGCUGGAGAACUUCCGGAACCUGCUCUCAGUAGGCAGCAAGAAUCCAAAUGAAAUGGAGACUCUUCGAAAAGUUGCAUUAAAAUACCUUUCACAUGAAGAGCUGUCCUGCUGGCAAAUCUGGAAACAGGUUGCGGGUGACCUAACCCGGCGACUUCAGAGGAAGAGUUCCCAGUUACCGCAAGGUGGCUCCCUCCAUGUUUUUGAAAAUGAGCCCCACAUAAUGAAUCAUAAAGGCGAUAACUCCAGUUACCUUGAAGAUCAAGAGUUUUUGAUUUUGAGAACCCAGGAUUCUCAUGGGAAAACAUAUCUGAGUGAGUCACAGAGUCAGAGUGGAGGGAAACAUAACCUCCGUACAUGUGCAGCCUCUGUGAAGAAAUCACCACUCAAUGAUGGUGUUAGAACUGACACAGAACAGAAACCCGCCAAAGGAGAGAAACUGCAUCCAUGUGGUGACUGUGGGAAGGGCUUCAGCUACAGCCCUGUGCUUCCAGUGCCUCAGAGGGUUUACACAGGAGAGGAAGGCUGCCCUCUGCAAGCUCGGCAGAAAGUUCCCCUGGGAGAGAAAGUCAAUACAUGUCCCGAAUCUGGUGAUUGUCUCAGGAACAACUCCUUUCAGUCUCAUCCCACGGGAGAGAAGUCCUUUCGGUGUGACAGUUGUGGCAAGGGGUUCAGCAGCAGCACGGGGCUCAUCAUCCACUACAGGACGCACACGGGAGAGAAGCCUUACAAAUGCGAGGAGUGUGGCAAAUGCUUUAGUCAGAGUUCAAAUUUUCAGUGCCACCAGAGAGUCCACACUGAAGAAAAACCCUACAGGUGCGAGGAGUGUGGGAAGGGCUUCGGGUGGAGCGUUAACCUCCGUGUUCAUCAGCGGGUCCACAGGGGAGAGAAACCCUACAGGUGUGAGGCAUGCGGGAAGGGCUUCACGCAGGCCGCGCAUUAUCACAUCCACCAGAGGGUCCACACGGGGGAGAAGCCCUACAAGUGCGAUGUCUGCGGCAAGGGCUUCAGUCACAAUUCCCCCUUGAUAUGCCACCGGAGAGUCCACACUGGCGAGAAGCCGUACAGGUGUGAGGCGUGUGGGAAAGGCUUCACCCGUAAUACGGACCUUCACAUCCAUUUCCGAGUCCACACCGGGGAGAAACCCUACAAGUGCAAAGAGUGUGGGAAGGGCUUCAGUCAGGCUUCAAAUCUGCAGGUCCACCAGAACGUCCACACUGGGGAGAAACGGUUCAAGUGUGAGACGUGUGGGAAGGGCUUCAGCCAGUCAUCCAAGCUUCAGACCCACCAGAGAGUCCACACUGGGGAGAAGCCCUACAGAUGUGAUGUGUGCGGUAAGGACUUCAGUUACAGUUCAAACCUUAAGCUGCACCAGGUCAUUCACACCGGAGAGAAGCCGUAUAAGUGUGAGGAGUGUGGGAAGGGCUUCAGUUGGAGGUCAAAUCUUCACGCGCAUCAGAGAGUCCACUCAGGCGAGAAACCCUACAAAUGUGAGGAGUGUGACAAGAGCUUCAGUCAGGCCAUAGACUUCCGUGUGCAUCAGAGAGUCCACACUGGGGAGAAGCCCUACACGUGUAGCAUCUGUGGGAAGGGCUUCAGUCAGUCCUCUGGUCUCCAGUCCCACCAGCGGGUCCACACUGGGGAGAAGCCGUAUAAAUGUGAUGUGUGCGGAAAGGGCUUCAGGUACAGUUCGCAGUUCAUAUACCACCAGCGAGGCCACACUGGCGAAAAGCCUUACAAAUGCGAGGAGUGUGGGAAAGGCUUCGGGAGGAGCUUGAAUCUUCGCCAUCACCAGAGGGUCCACACAGGAGAGAAACCCCAUAAGUGUGAGGAGUGUGGUAAGGCCUUCAGUCUCCCCUCAAACCUUCGCGUCCAUCUGAGUGUCCACACGAGGGAGAAACUGUUUAAAUGCGAGGAGUGCGGGAAGGGCUUCAGUCAGAGUUCACGGCUUCAGGCCCACCGGAGGGUCCACACGGGAGAAAAACCAUACAAGUGUGCCGUCUGUGGUAAGGACUUCACUCACCGUUCCCGGCUCACAUACCACCAGAAAGUCCACGCUGGCAAGAAUCUUUGAAAAGGAGAAGUGUGUUAAUGGCUUUAGUCAGGAGACACACCUUCAGGUUUUUGCAGCGACCACACAGGUGAUGAACCAUGAAGUAUCGAGAGUGGAGAGGGCUUCCUUCAGAUGGACUCUUUCUAACAAAUCCAUUAAAAUGAUGCCAUAGCCAUAGGGGAGGAAUCGGUUGUAACCCUCUUGGUAAGAUCCACUUGAUAUAAAGGAUCUUUCAAAGUGAAUAUAUGCCUAACACUAAUAUGUGAAAAGGAUAUUUGCCAUAGACUAUUGAGUUCUGGGGGGGAGGUCAAAGAGUUCGGGAUUAUUUUUCCUUCGGCUUCCAUUUUAUACUUAUUUACAGGGACCCAUUUUUACCAAAGCUGUCAAACUUAUGAAAAAUGAAAUGAAUAAAAUUACUGAUGAUUUCCUGUAGCCAAGAA